UAGGACUUCCGCCGGAAGGGCGGGCGCUCUCCGAGGUCCGAGUCAACUUCCCGCUGGUGUUCGGCCUGCUGGGCUGGCGCGGCUAUAGGGGCUCCGGUGGAGAUGGCAUGCGCUGCCGCGCGGUCCCCGGCCGACCAGGACAGGUUUAUUUGUAUCUACCCCGCUUAUUUAAAUAAUAAGAAGACCAUAGCUGAGGGGAGGCGGAUCCCCAUUAAUAAGGCUGUAGAAAACCCCACGGCUACUGAGAUUCAGGAUGUGUGUUCAGCAGUUGGACUGAAUGCGUUUCUGGAGAAAAACAAAAUGUACUCCAGAGAAUGGAAUCGUGAUGUUCAGUAUAGAGGCAGAGUCCGGGUACAGCUCAAACAGGAAGAUGGCAGCCUCUGUCUUGUACAGUUCCCAUCACGUAAGUCGGUGAUGCUGUACGUAGCAGAAAUGAUACCCAAGCUAAAAACGAGGACUCAGAAGUCAGGAGGUGCUGACCCAAGUCUUCAGCAGGGAGAGGGGAGUAAGAAAGGGAAAGGAAAGAAGAAGAAAUGAUGUGGCGUGAACGUACAGUGUGCAGUUCUGCUGGGAGGGACGUGGCAUCUUUGUGUGUGAGGGAACAGCUUUUUGUUGUGUUGUUUAACUAAGCUGCGAACGUGUGUCUCCCAUCUUCAACAGUUAACAAUGAAGUCAGUUUACAUCACAAGUUUGCAUCCAGCUUUUAGAUGUAAAAAGAAAAAUUGUGUGUGUGGAAGAAAGAAUAUUUUUAACAGAUAAUGUCUGUCCCAUAAGUUACUUGAAAUACUGUUUGUCCUCCAUGUAAACAUAUGUUUCAGAUAUAUAUGUUUAAUAAAGUUUGGAAUACACAUUUUGUUCACCUUUAAGUUAAUGAAAUAAAAGAUUUAAACUGA